AUGUUACUAAAAUUAGUUUUAAUUGGUGUUCUACCUUUUGUUUUAGCAGAAAAAGUAAGAUAUGAUAAUUAUGCCUUAUACAAACUACACCCAAGUGCAGAGGAUCAUGUGGACUUUUUGAGAGAUCUGUAUGAAGAAUCGGAUGGAUUGGAUUUUUGGAUACCGCCAGUUCGGAAGGACGAAUAUGUUAGUGUCGUCGCUUCGCCGGCAAAACGUAUAGAGUUCGAGCACUCCCUGAAGAAGAGAAGUGUCACAUAUGAAGUUAUGCUACAGGACAUACAACAGUAA